UGCUUUGAAAUUUACAACUUUACCAAAGAGCAGCGAUAAGUUAAAAAUAAGUUGCGUAAUUUUGACCAUCUUUUUUACUUUACCGACCAAUGUGGCUUCUUGGAUCAACUUCCCAAGUGAUGAUGAUGAUGGAUGAGCGCCUGUCUCCUUCCGCACGCUCCGUGCAGAACCAGGGGGACAACCCGUCCACGGUCCACAGCAUAGAGGCGAUACUGGGAUUUAAAGAGGACACCAUCUUCCACAAAUCAGCCUGCUACACCAUGACAGAGAAAGUCCUGGUCAAAGAUGCUGAGCGGAAUGUAACCAUGACCCCACUGAAGAAAAGUCGUUCCUCAGAAAGUUUUGACAGUAACGGCGCCGCUGAAGCCUCGGCCUGCCCGGACUCACCGGACGGAGACGGAAAACUGUCCGAUGAUGAAAACCCCAAGAAGAAACACCGUCGGAACCGUACAACAUUCACCACCUUCCAGCUUCACGAGCUGGAGAGAGCGUUUGAAAAGUCCCAUUACCCGGACGUGUACAGCAGGGAGGAGCUGGCGCUAAAGGUCAACCUGCCGGAGGUCCGAGUGCAGGUGUGGUUUCAAAACCGGCGGGCCAAGUGGCGUCGGCAGGAGAAGCUGGAGGUGAACUCCAUCAAGCUCCAGGACACCUCCUCCUCCUUGCUGUCCUUCAGCUGCUCUCCCAGCAGCUCCCUGGGCUCCGGUCUGCAGCUGGACCCCUGGCUCUCCACCCCCAUCACCACCUCCACCUCCUUGCAGUCCCUCCCGGGCUUCAUCACGGGCUCACAGGGCCUCCCGGGCACUUACAACCCUUCUCCACCCCCUUCCAUGCCCUCUACCUUGCCGGCCUCCUUCCUUACCUCCCCGGCCCUGGGACAGAGCCCCCACCUGCCCCACAUGGGCUCCAUGUGCCUUCCGCCCCCGGCCUACCACUGCUCAGCUGAUCCAAGGAACUCCAGUAUAGCCUCACUGAGGAUGAAGGCCAAGGAACACAUUCAGUCUAUUGGGAAGACGUGGUGA